AUGUUAAAAUUUUAGAACGCAUAAGAAAAAGUCAUAUCCAUUUUGACAAAAUUAGUUUGGCCAUUAAGAACUGCCUUAUGUAGUUAAAACGAUAAAGUUUUUAUGUCUUCUUUGGAAGUUUUAAAAUUACUCUCCAAUACAAUAGGGUCUCAUCUCAAUAGUCACCUCAAAAAUCUACUGGUUCCAUUAAGUAAAAGAAUGGAUAAAAAGAACUAAAAAGAAAUAAUAUCGGAUGUUUUAAGAUAGAUACAAGAUAAUGGGGUAAUGACAUUGUAUCAUUAUUUAAAGGGACCAGAAACGUUGAAAGUAAUCAAAGCAGCAAUUCCUACUUAUACAAAUAUGUGA